AUGGCCAAGUUUGGACCGCCAGAACAGUUUGACUUUACCCGGCCAGCGGAAUGGCCAACGUGGAGGCGCCGAUUCGACAGGUUUCGCGCAGCUUCCAAGCUCAACAAAGAGAGCGGUGAGGUACAAGUCAACUCUCUUCUGUACUCGAUGGGGAAAGAAGCUGAGGCAAUUUAUGAAUCGUUUGUGUAUACGGAGGACGACGAAAGUGAUAAUCCUGAACUUGACUAUGAGAUAGUUAGAGCUAGGUUUGACGAUCACUUCGUGCCUAAACGCAACGUGAUUCAUGACCGAGCAUGCUUCCACAAGCGCGUGCAGAAGGCGGGAGAAACUGUGGAAUCUUUUGUGAGGAGCCUUUACGAGCUUGCUCAAUACUGCGAAUUCGGCAUAACUAAAGAUGAGCAAAUUAGAGACCGGAUUGUCAUUGGCAUUCUAGAUACCGAGGUCUCACAAAAGUUGCAGCUUGAGGGGGAUCUUACGCUGGAGAGGGCUAUCCAGCUAGCCCAACAGAGCGAGCAGAUCAAGAAGCAGAGUGUGGAGCGUGCAGAGUGCUCGGUGAAUGCUGUGGGACAAAGGGGACAGGCAGGCUGGAAGCGCGGCAAAGGCAUGCGGCAGCGAGACGGACGAAAUAGUUCGAAGCAAGACGAGUCCAGCAAACAAAAUGGAUGCCCACGGUGUGGCAGAACACACACACGCGAGGAGCGUUGCCCUGCACGCGACAAGAAAUGUCGGCGAUGCGGUAAGCUGGGACACUUUGAACUGUUGUGCAAAAGCAAAAUGACUAAACAAUUAAUGGCUGUUACACACCAAUAUGAUGAUGAUGAUAAUGAUCAAGCUUUCUUUAUCGGAGCUGUGACAAAUCAGGCCCAUAGAGUAGUUGAACAGCCAGAUUUGAGUGACGAUUGGCGUGUCACACUGCCCAUCAACAAGAGUCUAGUGGACUUUAAGAUUGACACGGGGGCAGACAUUACUGUCAUGACUGAGAAAACAUACAGCAAACUGCCAAACAAGCCCCAAUUAGCUAAAACCACAGUCAGUGCCACAAGCCCAGGAGGGGAAGUGGUGUGCAUAGGCAAAUUCCUUGCCACAUGCCUGCACAAGGGCCAAAAGUAUGCCUUCUGGAUAACAGUGAUUAAAGGACAAUUUGCACAGAAUCUUCUGGGGGGAGGAGUAGCCAAAUCCAUGGGCCUCGUGAAAAGGCUGAAUGCAGUCAGCACUGAGUCGGACGACCUAUUCGGGGAAAUAGGACUGUUACAGUGUGACCCCGUCAAAAUUGUGCUGAAAGCAGACGCAGAGCCCUACGUCACCACGACGCCGCGCCGAGUGCCGUUUCCCCUCCUGCCCAAGGUUGAAAAAGAGCUAGGGCGCAUGUUAGAGUUGGGCAUAAUCGAGCACGUCACGGGCCCGACUGACUGGUGCGCGCCCAUGGUGCCGGCUGAGAAAAAGAAUAAAGACCAGGUCAGAGUGUGUGUGGAUCUCAAGAGGCUGAACAAGGCUGUCAAGCGAGAACUGUACGUGUUACCCACACUGGAGGACAUUGCUCCCAAGCUAGCCGGGGCAAAAGUGUUCUCCACACUAGAUGCCUCUAGUGGCUUCUGGCAAAUUCCCCUAGACCCCGACAGUCAGAAACUGACUACCUUUAUUACGCCCAUGGGCAGGUUUUGCUUCAAGCGGCUCCCAUUCGGGAUUUCGUCAGCGCCUGAAAUUUUUCAAAGACUCAUGACCGACCUGCUCAGCGGCCACGAGGGAGUCGUGGUCGUGAUGGACGACAUACUCGUCUACGGUGCGGACGAGGAGGAACACAGCAGGCGGCUGAAUGCAGUCCUCCAGACCAUAAGGCGGUCUGGACUGAAACUGAACAAAGCAAAGUGCCACUUCAGCAAGUCGGAGAUCGACUACUUCGGACACAUAAUCAGCGCAGAGGGCAUGAAACCAGACAAAAGCAAGGUGAGCGCAAUCACUGACAUGCCCAGCCCAAACGACGUGGGACAACUGCGCCAGGUCCUAGGCAUGAUCAACUACCUGGGGAGGUUCUUGCCAGGCCUCUCAACCGUGCUACACCCGGUCACUGACCUGCUCAAGAAGGACAGUGCGUGGGCAUGGGGUGACCUCCAAGAGAGAGCGCUGCAGAAAGCCAAAGAGAUGCUCUCAUCAGCCCCAGCACUGGCCUACUACGACCCCAACCGCCGCACCGUCGUGAGCGCCGACGCCAGCAGCUACGGCUUGGGCGCCACUCUACUUCAGGAGCACAGUGGAAAGCAGCUGAUCGUGGCAGAUGCGCUGUCCAGGAGCCCUCUGACUGGGGCCGAGUCAGAGACAGAGCGCCAUGUCAAGGCGUACGUCGACGCAGUGUUGACAAACAAACCCAUGUCAGCAGAGAGGAUGGAGGAGAUAAGAGGAGCAACGCAGACCGACCCAGACCUUCAGGCCGUCAUCUCCAGGGUGCGGAACGGCUGGCGUAAGACACAUAACUUUCCCUCCUUCUCAGCAUUCUAUCCUGCCAGACACCACCUCUCUGAAGCGAGGGGGUUAGUCCUGUACGACGACAGAAUUGUGAUUCCACAAGCACUGAGAACAGACAUUAUGAAAAAGAUUCACGCCGGUCACCAAGGACUGACAAAGUGCCGCGAGAGAGCCAGGCUCUCCGUCUGGUGGCCCGGCAUCGGAAACGACUCUAAAGCCAAAAGAGCCUACGAGUACUUCUACAACCGCAGACACGCCACCCUCCGUCUCCCAGAGCUGCCAACAGGACAGGCAGUCCGUGUCAAGCUGGACACAGACAAGGGGUGGAAGACCCCUGCGCAGGUGGUGGCGAGAGCGGAACAACCCAGAUCCUACAUGGUCAAGAUGGACAACGGCACAGUGUUGCGGCGCAACAGGAGACACCUCCAGGCGGUUCCUGAGAUCACCGGGCCUGCUGAGAUCACAGAGCCUCCAGAACCACAGCUACAGCCCGGGACCAGCCCAGCACGACCCGCCAGCAGUCCAGUUCCUGUGAUAGUCACCAGGGGCCAAAGAGCAUCACCGGGGCCAUCUGCACCAGAGACUACACCGAGUACACCGGCACGGCCUACUCUGUCUGGUGGCACAGCCAGACUGACCUCCAGGGGCCGUGAAAUCCGGACACCUCUCCGGUUCAGACUCAAUGAUUGA